AUGCGGGGCUGGGGAAGGCCACGACUGCGGUGCCUCGGCGGCGCUUUUGUCCCCUCAGCGCUUCCCGCCUUCCCCUCACGGCCCGCGCGGCGCCUCCCCUCCUCCGCCGGCAGGAGGCGCGCGGCCGCCCCUGCGCGUUCUGGAGCCUUCCGCCGUGCCACGCGGGGCUCCACUGACGUCAUCUCCGUGCGCCCGCGCGGCGAGGGCAUGGCGCUCUUCUGCAUCAACAGGGAGGGCGAGCCUGCCGAAGGAGCCGACGCGGAGGGCGCGGGGCUGAGCCCCAAAGGAAGAAGGAAGAGGAAUGGGGAGAGCGAGGAGCAGCCCUGUGCGCAAGGAGAGAAGAAGCCAAAGAAGAGACGGCGGUCUCGCAGCUCGUCUGAAGAAGGACUUUGUAUUCCUGUUAUCCAAACUCCAGAUUCUGAAGAAGAUAUCAAACAGAAGGAAAACAGAAGCAACUCUAAAAAUAGGUCUUCUAAAAGGAAGAAGGGGGAUGAGGAAACAGAGGAAGGUGAAACAAGGAAGAAAGAGAACAGUGAAAGAACUGAAGAAAAUCAAAGCACGAAGGAGGAGUUACUACCCUUAGCAGCCUCAGAGGAAGAGACAAAUGUUCCACCCUCCAGUUUAAUGGUUCUUGGAGACUAUGAUAGAAAGCCAGUGCAGAAGGUUCAGCCCUUCCUACCACAGUGGCUUGCUCAACCCAAACGAGUGCAAAAACGUAUCAAAGAUAAUCUAGUUCCAAUCGGAGAUGUCCCAGGAAUUCAUCCCAGACUGUUGAAAAAGCUGCAAAUGAAUGGGAUAGAGUUCUUUUUUCCAGUUCAGGCAGAGGUGAUUCCUGCUAUUCUGGAGAGUGCAUCCAAUGGGUAUUUGCUGGGGCAGGGAGGAUACCGCCCCAAAGACAUCUGCGUCUCAGCACCUACUGGCAGUGGUAAAACCCUGUCUUUUGUCAUACCCAUUGUACAGGUUCUGCUGGAUCGAGUAGUUUGCCAAGUACGAGCUCUUGUUGUUCUGCCCACCAAAGAGCUGGCACAACAGGUGAGUAAAGUGUUCAACAUUUACACUGAUGGAACAGGUCUGAAGGUCGUUUUGAUUACUGGCCAGAAAUCAUUUGCAAAGGAGCAGGAGAUGCUUAUCCAGAAAAAAGUGACAGGCUACUGCAGCCUGGCUGAUAUUAUUGUGGCUACACCUGGGCGGCUCACAGACCACAUUAGCCAGACCCCGGGAUUCAGCCUGACACAGCUUCGCUUCUUGAUCGUAGAUGAAGCUGACCGUAUGAUUGAUGACAUGCACCAGAACUGUCUGAACCAAAUCGUCAAAGCUGCAUUCCAAGUAGAAAAUGACUCUGGCUCCAACAUGCUUUUUCAGAGGACCAAGCCAGGGCCUAUAACAGCAGCCAGCUCCUGCUGUCCUCAGAUACCCUUACAGAAACUGCUGUUUUCAGCCACGCUGACCCAGGACCCAGAGAAACUGCAGCAGCUGGACUUAUUUCAGCCUCGCCUCUUCACAUCUGUCUAUUCUGAGAAAGCACUCAGAGAUGGAGCAGAGACUGAACAGGAUUCUGAUAAGAAAUACACACUCCCCGAGGGGCUGUCGCAAUGCUAUGUGCCUUGUGACCUGAAUUCCAAGCCUUUGAUCCUCUUGCAUUUCAUGCUGGUAAUGAAAUUCACCCGUGUGUUGUGCUUUACCAACUCCAGGGAAGCUUCUCACAGAUUGUUCCUCCUGGUUCAGGCCUUUGGUGGAGUCACUGUGGCUGAAUUUUCUUCUCGGUUAUCUCCAAGUGAGAGACAGAGAACCAUGAAGGAAUUUGAACAAGGAAAAAUACAACUGUUAAUCAGCACAGAUGCCACUGCACGGGGUAUUGACAUUAAAGGAGUGAAUUAUGUCAUUAACUAUGAUGCGCCGCAGUUCAUCAGGACGUAUAUUCACCGAGUUGGAAGAACAGCUCGUGCAGGAAAAGUGGGUGUCGCUUUCAGCUUGGUCCUUAGAAUUCAGGAACGUAGGUUUCUGCGGAUGUUGAAGGAUGCUGGCAUCCAAGACAUAAAGAAGCAGCCAGUGAAAGGCAACUCAUUAAAGCCGUUGGUGCAGCAAUAUGAGGAAGCUCUGUGCAAGCUUGAGAAGACAGUCAAGAAUGAACGAGCACAGAAACGAGCCUGA